UUUCCAUAAUGCAUAAAUCAAUACGCUAAUCAGCCUCAUUGUGUACCGUCAAGAAACUUGAAUUCAAGUUCAAGGGCGUUUCUGGCAAUCAAGGCAACCCACUGUUCGCAAUAAAGACAGUUUGGUAAAGAGUAUUCAAAGAACCAGGUGAAGAAUUAAGAUAUACGAUAAGGAAAUCCAGAAGCAAGCGCUUAUGGAAACACAGCUCAUCGAGGAGCAGGUGACAAUCACGAAACUGGUGUCUAAACAACAACGUUAACUUUCCCGGCGUUCCAAGUGAUUCUGAAAGAGCUUCUCGAUCCUAAGGUUGAUGAAUCCACUGAUGAAAGCUCUUCACAGAAAUUUACAUUUUGUGUCCCAGUUUCUUGGCAGAUCAAGACUUUCCUUCUGGGCCCGUUCCACUCUACUGGUGGGCGUAUUUCUUUCAUCAAUCUAUUUGAUCAGAAUAAUCCACGAUAAAAUAAGCUAUCCGCGAUUCGAGCCUUGGUUUUGCACCAACGCGACAGAAGUCACUUCCAAUCAAACGUGCUUCAGUAAUGACACUAAAAGCAUCUUGUUUUACACUCCUUGGUUCGGUUGGAAGCCAUGGCCCGGGGACGAGACAACGGAAGCGUAUCUUUCGGAAUGUACCACAAAAAAAUGCCAAAUAACUUUUGACAUCUAUGACAUAGGUAAAAGUGAUCUGGUUAUCUUUCAUGCUGGUGAUAUGCCUCGUUAUGUUAAAUCGGAAGAAAUUCGACAGAUUCACGAGAACCGUUGCCCUCGGCAAAGAAUGGCGUUUUUAAACCACGAAUCCAUUGUAAAUGACCCAGAUUUAGAGCGUCUUCUUUCCUUGCCCGAGGGAUUCUUUAACUGGACAAUAACUUUCAAAAGGGAGUCAGAUUUUCUCUACCCUUAUGGACAUUAUGUUCGUUUGCCAUCAGCUGAAAGGCCCGAGAAAAUUACAAACCAUGCAGCUGAGAAAAAUAAAUUUGUGCUAUGGGUUGUUUCAAAUUGUGGGAGAACUCGAGAUAAGUACGUAAAAAAACUUCUUAAAUACAUAAAAGUUGAUGUUUAUGGCCGUUGUUCCGGAAUCUUUGGCCAAGACAAUCGAUGCACGCAUUCAAAAAAUUGCGAUAAUAUUUUCAGCUCGUAUAAAUUUUAUCUGGCAUUUGAAAACAGCGUGUGUACCGAUUACAUCACCGAGAAAUUUUGGCGAACACUUGGUUGGAAUUCAGUGCCUAUAACACUGACAAGAGAUUUCUACACUCCAGAUGUAGUCCCUCCAAACUCGUUUAUAAGUGUGGAGGACUUUCCAACUGUUAAGGCUUUGGCAGAAUACUUGUUAUACCUGGACAAAAACGACACAGCCUAUAAUGAAUACUUCACAUGGAAAAAAGAAUUUGCUUACGCAGGGAUGUCGCAGAUGAGAGAUACAGCCUGUGACAUAUGUGAUGCUCUCCACAAUGAAUGCCUUAAACCCAAAUUUUAUAAAGAUAUAUUCAAGACUUUUUGGAAUAGUGAUGUUGAUUGCAAAGAGAAAGAGGGUAGACUUUUACAGCUUAUAGACAGAGAAGAAGAAUGAUCAAUGUACCGGUAUGUCGAAUGUACGUUUGAUUUUCAAAUGUUACUUCCAGUCAAGAGAAGAUAUUCGGGAACGAUUUUUCCAUCUUGUCUGAGUAUACUACUAUUGUAGGCUUCAAGUAAUUUAUUAAGUAUUGUCAGAAAAAAAAAACACUAAUAUCUACUGGUUGAGUUAGUGGUAGUAGGCAUCUUUCGUGUCGCUAUUUUUAACAAGUAUUGUGCAAUUAUCAUCAUGAGCUCUAAGGAGGGUAAUAUGACUAAUAAAAUUGUAGUAGAAAAGAAAGGUAAGGAUAUCCACGCUCUCGUGAGCAAGAUACAGGAUAAGAUCUUAUGAGUGGAAGAGUGAGAUACUCUCAAGUUAUGAGUUGAAGAAUUUUAGGUAAUUUGGCGUGGAGAAUAGAAAAUUUGGUCCAAAAAAUCCAACAAUGAUCAAAUAACUGCGCAUUAUAUAGUUUAGAUAGACCUAUUCUGGCCACGUUGUUCUUUUUGUUUGUCCCCUCGGAGAAACGCUC